AUGAUUUCCCAACUUGCAAGCUUUCACUAUGAUGUGCCGACGCUCAUCGCCACAGCGAGCAUCCUCUUGAUCUUGCGCUAUCUAUUCACCGGGAUUUUCGACCCUUUGCGUGAUAUCAAAGGUCCAACACUCGCACGAUAUACUCGUCUAUGGGAGGUGUACAAGAACUGCCAGGGCCAAUUAGAGCACGUCACAGUCUCUUUGCACAAAAAAUAUGGAUCCAUUGUCCGGCUAUCCCCGAACCGUUAUAGCAUUAGCGACCCGACAGCGAUUCGCACCAUUUACGGUAUUGGGUCGAAGUUUCCCAAGUCCGAUUAUUACACUCCUUUUGGUACGCCACUAGACCACAAGGAUGUCUUUUCAGAGAUAAGCAAUGAGAAGCAUGCGUCGGAGCGCAGGAAGAUCUCCAAUAUGUACGCCAUGAGCUCUUUGGUGUCAUAUGAACCCUUCGUGGACAAGGUGAAUGGUGAAUUUAUGGCCGCCUUGGCCGAUCACGCUCAGCACGGGAGGGCGUUUGAUUUGUUUACCUGGAUGCAAUUCUACGCAUUCGACGUCAUUGGUGAGAUUACCUUGGGUCGAUCAUUCGGCCUGCUCGAAGCUGGUCACGACAAGGACGGGCUUCUGCAUGCUGUUCAUGUCGGAUCGAUCAGUUAUGGUUCCUCGGUGGGACUCAUCCCCGAGGUUCAUUACCUGUACAAUUGGCUCCAAAAAGUUUUACCUAUCGACAGCCACUGGAAAGUCACCCAACGAGUUAUAUUGAGGGAGAUUGGUGCCAGACUGCAGGGCGUGAGUACCAGCGAUCGCAAGGACUUCCUAGCCAAGUGCAUUGAAUUGAGCAAAGCUGGCAAGCUGGAUCAAUACGCAAUAAACAAUGUUCUGGGAACCAAUAUUGGCGCUGGCUCUGACACAACUGGCAUCAGCAUGAGUGCUGUUAUCUACUUCCUCAUGAAGCAUCCCGAUUGCUUGCAGAAGCUUCGUGAUGAGAUUGAGACAGCCGAAGGGCAAGGAAAUCUCUCUAACCCGGUUACUUUCCAAGAAGCUCAAAAGCUUCCAUAUUUGCAAGCUACCAUCAAGGAAGCCUUGAGACUGCACGCAGCAGUCGGUCAAAUUCUCAGCAGAGUAGUCCCUGAGGGCGGUGCACAGAUUGCUGGUAGACACUUCCCACAAGGUACUGUGGUGGGCGUGAAUGCAUGGGUAGUUCACACAGACGAAAAUAUCUGGGGCAAAGAUGUACACGAAUUUCGACCUGAGCGUUGGCUGGUUGACAAAGAACGACUUGCUUUUUUGGAUCAGAACUACUUGGCAUUUGGUGCUGGCUCAAGAACAUGCAUCGGCAAAAACAUCUCACUACUCGAAAUGACGAAGCUCGUACCCCAGCUUGUGCGUCGGUUUGACUUUGUUCCUGCAGGUGACAGUGAGUGGAAGACUAGUAGCGGCUGGUUUGUUAAGCAAAGUAUCGAUAUCAAGGUCAUUGAGAGGGCGUGA